UCCCUUUCUUUUUCAGACGAGGAGAUGGCUCAACAAGGGAUUCUCGACAUCCGCGCGAUGUUUCAGGAAGGGCAAUCCAGCUCAGGGCCGACUGUAAAGAAGCCCCGGUUCUCAUCCAAGAAGGUGCCACCCGUGGCAGGAACGACCUCAAAAUCCCCGGCUAAGGGGAAGGACCAGAGCUCAACAGCUCUAGCUGCUGUUGCUCAAUACAAGAGGGGUCUGCCUCCACCUCCUCCCCGGUUUCCUUUCAGUCCUGCUCGGGACCAGGCAUCACUUGUUGAUCCCCCAGCUCCGAUCAUCCCUGCCCCCACCGUUCGCAUCCCGGUCAAUGCUAAGGACCUAGAGCAAAUUCCAGACACCUUUCGGGGGACCAUCUACGAGACGGCGAACCACACGGUGGAGCACUUCUAUAAGGCCAAACCGACGGACCUGAGGGCGAUCGAGGAGAGGAGCCCGGAGAAUGUCAUGGAAUCCGUGCUGGGAAUGAACCUCAUAGCGGUCUUGGCUCAACAUCGCAGCAUAGCUCGGGCCAGGGCCAAGAAUGAAGAGCUCAAGGCCGAGCUCCAGACCGCUCAGGCCGCGCUGUCUGCUUCCCAAGCUGCCCUCGCAGCUGCUCAACAAGGCGAAUUAAGCGCCAAAGCCGCCCUGACGGCGGCCCAAGAAGGCGAGCAGGCUGCAAAGGCUGCCUUAACAGCGGCUCAAGAGGGCGAGCAAACAGCAAAGGCUUCCCUAGCUGCCCUAUAGGCCGAGCUCACGGAGGUCAAGGCCAAGCAGUUGGAGGCGGAGGCUGCUACUAAGGAGGAGAAGGCGGCCUCAAUAUCCUCCAUGGAGAGAAUGCUCUACCAUUGUUGGGCCUACAACCAAGAAGGCAACUUCUCCAUUUUUCCCUCUGACAUGUGGGAUCUCUAUCUUGAGAAGUUCAAGGCCCGAGCACAGUAAGAGCAGUCCAAGACUGGGGAAACCUCCAUCGCUGGCGGGCAGGAGACUGAGGAGGUGACUGUUGCGAUAUUUAUAGCUAUGCAAGUGCACACAGUCGCAGUUCGUAAUAAAAUGGUAAAAACCAAGUAUCGUCCUGAAGGACUGAUUUAUCAAUUACCAAUCAAUUAAUCCUUUAAUUCUAUUUGAUUAAACAAUUAUCAGAGAGUUUAAACUAAGAAAAAUACUAACGAAGCGCAAUGAAGAAUUAAAAAAAUUAACAAAGAGAAUACAAUUAGGACAAUUAUGAUUCUCUAUUUUUCCACCCUGUUAUUUCCUAAUGCAAGCAUCUAUACCUCCUCUCUAUUCAAGAAUAAGUUGCAACAACAAUUCAUAAUCUGGUCAAGACU